AGUCUAUCCCGCCAAGGGCCCGAUCCCCUUUUUUCGGCUCCGUAACCGCCAAUAUGCUCCGUCUUGUUCUCCGGAUUGACUCUGCCAGCUGCCCUUGGCCUGAGGUUAACCAGGCUUAGCUCCACGAGCCGGCCCAAGCCUGGGUAUUCUCCAAAUGCCUGGCCCGAAGUUGUGUAAAUGGUUCAUUUGGGCCACCCACUGGGUAUUGGCCCAUCAUAAGCCCUCCAACUCCUUAUUCCUCAACUGGGCCAAGUGGAGGAAUGGGGAGUUUACAAAGUCCACGUGGGUGCCCCAGCGGGGAUCCGGGCCGUUCCUUGGGUUCCGCAUGACAUUUGGGCACGAUCUCCACAAAUAGGCAAUCAUGACCUGCCGAUUCGCCUCCACGCUGUCAGUUAAAAACCGCCGCUGGACACCAUCUCUUUCUUUCGCUUUCUUUAUCGUCAUUCGUCUGCAAUUCCGCUGCUUACCCGACCUGUUCUUCUUCCUUCCCAGGUCAGUUCCUUUUCUCGCCGCCAUGAUUGUUUCAGAUUCCGAUUCAGCUACCCCAUCGUCCAAUUCUCGCCAAGCCGAUCAAUCGGCCCCUGGCCGUAACCCCGGCCGCACUCAAUCACCCCAGCCGUCGCCGUCGGCCUUGCCUGGCGACAAACGGCGUCGAUUGAGGAAGCAAUUCCCUUCCUCAACCCCGGUAGAUGAGGGCUCGAGGGUUGAAUUGGACGAAAAUAUCAUGGCGCUGUGCCAUUGCCAGAUUACUGACCGGGGGUUCGCCGAUGCUACCGAUAUGGUUGGAUCUUCCAUUGAAGUCCUAAGAUCUACCAGCACCCAAACCGCCCUGGACGCUCCUUCAGGAUUUUUUACGGUCCAUCUGGCGUCUUUGAAGAAGGGGCUGCGCUUCCCACUCCACCCGUUGUUGAUCGAAUUCCUCAACAUGGUGGACCUUCUUCCGUGUCAACUGGUCCUUAACUCUCACCGGUACAUCGCCGGUUAUCUGGUCCGGUGCAAAGAUGUGGGGGUGAAGCCGACCUUGGACCACUUCGUAUUUACCUUCAAGCUGAGCAAGGGCCAUAAAGAUUGGGCGUCCUAUGCCAGCCUUUCCCAGAGGUCCAGUAAACUCUUUGCUAGCGACAAGAAGGGAUCCACCAAAGACUGGAAGCCUUUCUUUGUCUUUGUUUCGACGGGGCCCGAAUCUCCUUUCACGGGUUCUGGGCAUCCUUCUUUUCGUCGCAUCCCGUGCCCCCCGCCUGAUGCCACCCUCUUGUCCAUCACUCGCCAACUUUGCAACAAAGGAGUCAUGAACAUCAAGAAGGUGGUGAUAGAGGAAACCCUCGCCGGGCUGGGAUUUGAGUUCGUCCAGGAUGAUCUUCGUCACCAGCCCGACCUUCUAAGGGACACUUCUGGGGGGUACCAGCCUGACCAAUUGAGAGACAUCCCCGAAGAAGGUCUUGACUGUGGUCCCUUUGUCGAGUCGCCAGAUCUAGAGGAAGAGAUGGAUAGCGAUCUCCUGCUCAGUCGCUUUACAGCAGGGAAGAAGAGAAAGAGGGAAACGAAGGGCCAAGGCAAACGCCCUUCAUCCCACCAAAGAGAAAGUCCUCCCCGAGAGCCAGCUGUAAUUGUGGUGGAGGACCAAGAGGAUGCUACCCAGGAACCGGGUACCAUGGCUAGCCAAUCCCCUCCACACUCCGUGAUGCCGGGUGGCGACCUCACUGGGUCGUCCCAGGGUAUUGCCUUGGAGCGACCUCCCUCACCACCCGCAGUGACCUACGAGGUGGCGACCGGGGGUCGCUCGACGAGGCUCUGCAUCCCUCCUCCGCCCCAAAGCCUAGGGGACGUACAGCUGGAGACUCUGAUCACUCUGCCUGCAGAAGACCAGGCUCGUAUCUCAGCAGGCUCUGAGGACGACCUUGACAACAUGGUCCUCUUGAGGCUUAGUCAGGCCACGCUGGGGAUGAUUGAGGUGGUCGGCAGGAAACGGGGUCGCCAAGCUGCCGCGGACGAGGCGAUGAAAGCAGCCGAGGCCAAAUAGAAGGAAUUGCAGGAAGAGGUCGCUCAAUUCACAAGGGAGCUGGAGGAGAAGGAAAAUCGCUGCGCGGCGCUUGCUGUGGAGAAAGCUUCCC